AUGGCGAUCCAAUUGACGCGUUCCGUGUCUCUGGCGAGGGACGUUUCGCCAAGCAUCUCCCACGGUAGUUUUUUCACGGGAAGCUCUAAGCUUCUGAAAGGACCGCAGCAAGUGCUGCUGCGGACCAAUUCCCUUUCACGCAAAUCGUCCUCGUUAGUGUCACACUCGACAUCGGUCGCUGCACGUUCCAGCGCCGAGAGACCAGACCGUGCGUCCUUCGUCCCUGCAGAGCCGUUGUCCUGCGUUCUCGUGGUUUCGCUUGUACCCGAUAAUGGCUGGCUCGAUACUCGUAAAGGAAGCCGAUCUGUUCGUGCGAAUGCGCGAGCCACGGGCGGAGACGUCGCCGAAAACGAAAGUGACGGCGCCGGUAACGUUGCCGUUUCAGAUUCGAAGAGCCUGAACGGUGCGUUAGCUUUAGUCGCAGAACCCGAAUCCACGUCGCGGUCCGAUGUUGCCACGUCAGAUGCGGAGGCGGCUCUCGAUAGCCUCGUCAGCGCUGAGGUGGCAGCGGAGGUCAACGAACGGCUGCAGCGGCUCGAGGUCCUCAUGCUUCUCCGGCGGCUUUACCGCGACGCGAACCGGUCGGAACGCGUGCUCAAUAUGCCCAUACCCGUUAUAGCGAAGAAGCGCGAAGGGACGCAGGAGCUUAAAGCGCGGCGGAAGGUGCGGCGCGGAGCGAACUACUGGAUCCGCCGCGGGCUGGGCGUGCGGGAGGGGAAGGGCGAGGGGGAGGAUAAGCCCGUCCUAGUGGUUGAAAACGCCGCCGAGGUGCUUGGCUGCGCUGCGGACGUCCGCGCGCUCGCCGGCUCGCUGACUCGCGACCUAAACUUCUUUCACGGGCAGCUGCCCGCCGUUUUCCCGGAAGAAACCAAGGCCGCGGAGGGCGUGGCGGACGUGGUUAGGACGCUGGCGCAGCGGCUGGAGGAGCUGGCGGAUCGAAUCGAGGCGUCGCUGACAGCGGAGCAGCGGCGCGAGGUGGAGGAAGAGUUGGAGGCGCAGGCGCUGCAGGAGCAGAUGGACAAAGAAGCGAACGUGCAGGAGCGCGUGCUGCGGCGCCUGGGCGGGCUGUCCAACACGAGCGCCAUUCUGGACCGGGUGCGGCAGAGAAUAGCGUCUGUUGACAUCUCGUUCUCGGAUUUCAGCAUCGACCUGCCCACCAUCAAAGGGGCGGGAGGGAAGGCAGUGCGCACACUGGUGGACACGUGGCGGCGUCUGAAUGGCCGGCCCCCCACCACGGAACUCGAGCCUCUGGCGUCCGGUCUGCCCCGGCCCGAGUCAACGGUAGAUAAGGAGGAGGAGAAGAAGCUCAAGCUGCUGCUGGAGGUUGAGGCCCUGGACAAGCGGUUGAACGACUCCAUUCGCAACAGGGAGCAGAAGCUGCGGCAGAGGAACGUGCUCGUGAGGGCCAGGCUUGCACGGGAGAUUAAGGCACUGGAUGACGAGGUGAACGAGCUGAGGAAGGAGCUGGCAGUGCGCACCCUGCAGCUGCAGAUGCAGGUCAUCUACAUGUUCCUGGAGCAGGAGCUGCUCUUUGCUGCUGACUCUCAGGACAUGCGGUCAGACGAGGACGAGUCUCUGCUGGUGGCGGAGUAUGGGCUGCUCGAUGCUGACCUGGCGCGACUGCGCACGGCUGUGGACAGAAACGAGGCGAUUCUUAUCGAGGAUGAGGAGCUGGAGGCACUCGCGAUUGACAUUCCUGACCUCAAGUUCCGGCUGGGAAUAAUGGAGGAGCCAUCGGUGCCGCUGCAGCAGCGCGCACAGAUGACAGUAGAGGAGGCCAAGGGCAAGUUAGGCGAGGGGGCGUCCUUCUUCUGGCGGGGAGUGCGGCUGUUGGGUGGGGAUGUGGCAUAUUCGGCCCGCCUGUUCUGGGUCGCUGCUACCGGCACUACUCUCAAAGCCCGAGAGGUGCAAACCCUCCGUCGCACAGCAACAGACCUGCUGGUGGUGAUCCCGUUUGCCAUCAUCCUCAUCGCACCCAUCACCCCGGUGGGCCACGUGGCUGUCUUUGGCUUCCUGCAGCGCUACUUCCCCGGCUUCUUUCCCUCUGCCUUCUCCUCUCGCCGGCAAGAGGUGAUGGUGCGUUACGAGAACCUCAAGCUGCAGAUGGCUACAGCCUCGGGAUCCGAGAAGGAGAAAGUCCAAGCCAUGGCUGCCGCAGCGGCCACUGAGACCUUCGAAGCUUCCGAGGAAGAUUCCGCAGGAGGCGGAGGCAUGGGGAUGCAUGGGGGAGCAGGGGGGGGGUCUGGGGGAGGAGGCAUGGGGAUGGGCAUGGGCGGGUUUGCGUUUGGGCUCGGGUUUGGAAGAGGGGAGAAUGUCGGCGGACAGUCGUCGAGAAUUUGGAGGGACGAGCGGGCGAAGCUGCUGCUGCUGCAGGAGAAGCUUCCGGGAAUCUCCCGCCUCGUGUCGAGCCUGAGGGACGCGAAUGGGAAGGGAGACGGGGAGGCGGGGGAGAAGACGGAGGGGGGACUGGCUUCGUCGCUGCAAGCCUUGGCCUCUCCACUCUUGUCAUCUUCGCCUGUUUCAUCCUCUUCGUCCCAACCAUCCAAGAAGAGCCCAACCGCAGCGGAUUGUCUCAUGAGAAAACCCGUUCGAUUUUCAUCCAUGGCUACCACCGUCUUCGCCAAGGAGGCUACUCCCGCUGCCGUUGAGGCGAUUCAGAAGAACUUCCCCGGCUCCGUGGAGGAGACUGGUUACAUCGCAAGCGUCGCCGACAAGCUUAAGGAGCACGGCUUCACCAAGGAUAACAGCAUCGCGCUCGUGAGCACGUGCCGUGACGAGGCGUCGCGUCUGCUUGACGCCACGAUUGACAAGCACUUCGGUCUUACCUUCGCGCUCAACGGCCUCGCGGGAGUGCCGCCUGGUGGCGCGCUUGCGAUCAAGGCCGGCGCGUCGCACAGCCCGCAGGACGAGAACGGCAAGGAGCGAUAUGUCUUCUUCGGUCUGACCCAUAUCGGUGUCGACGAGACCGGCGCCAUCGGUAAGAUGCGCCGCGAGGGCCGCUCCGCGGCUUCCGGCGCGUGCGGCGCGCUUCUCGCGCUGACCGCGCAGUUCAGCCAGAGCAAGGAGCUUCCCGAGGCGUCGGAGGAUGAUCUCGAGGUGCACAACCUGACAAAGAAGCUCAUCGCCGUGAACCCCGAGCCGAACAUCGUUGCGGUUACCAAGGCGGCUGUUGACGUCAUCAAUAGCACCCUGGAGCAUCUGAUCAGCGUGGCCGUCGACAGCAAGAAGGCGGAUUACGCGGUGAUCACCGGCGUGCAGAUCCACUCCGGCAACAACCCCGUUGGCACGGAGUUCAAGCUGGAGAACACGGUCGAGUACAUCACGCCGUCGCUCGCCUACGUGGUUGUGGACGGAGUCAAGAAGGAGCUUGCCCUGUAA